UGCGUGAAACGUCAUGCGCGAGUCACGAGGAAAGGAACCAGGAAGCGGUAGGAAUGAGUGCUGUGUACGGUGGCGUGGAAGGGGGUGGAACUCACUCCAGAGCGGUGCUGCUGUCUGCUGCAGGGGAGAUCCUCGCCGAGACAGAUGGACCCAGCACCAAUCACUGGUUGGUUGGUGUUGAUAAGUGUAUCGAGGGGAUUAACGAUAUGGUCCAGAGGGCAAAGAUCAGCGCAGGGCUGGAUCCCGACACACCUAUUCAAUCUCUGGGUAUGUCGCUGAGUGGAGGAGAGCAGAAGCAUGCCAUUCAGAAACUAAUUGACGAGAUGAGGGAAAAAUUUUCUAAUCUAAGCCAGAGUUAUUACAUCACCACAGAUGCCAUCGGUGCCAUGGCGACAGCAAGUGACUACGGUGGUAUAGUACUGAUAUCAGGAACUGGGUCAAACUGUAAGCUGGUAAAUCCUGAUGGCAGUCAGGUGGGCUGUGGAGGAUGGGGUCAUAUGAUGGGGGAUGAAGGCUCCGCAUUUUGGAUUUCCCAUCUUGCCGUAAAAACUGUAUUUGAUUCCAAAGAUAACUUGGUGACACCUCUACAUGAUAUCACUUAUGUUAAAAAAGCCAUGGAGGACUACUUCAAGGUGUCGGAUCUGAUGGGCAUGCUCCCACACCUGUACAGAAACUUCCAGAAAUCAUAUUUUGCAGGCUUUUGUAGAAAGCUGGCUGAAGGUGCUAACGCAGGUGAUGCUCUAUGUCGAUACGUGUUUGCACAGGCCGGUAAAGUUCUAGCACGGCACAUUGUAGCAGUGCUGCCCAAAGUGCACCAGGAGCUGUUCUUGGGUGACCUUGGCCUGCCUAUUCUGUGUGUAGGCUCUGUGUGGUUAAGCUGGGAGCUGUUGAAGGAUGGUUUCACUCAGGUCCUCUCACAGGCCAAAAUGUCUGAUUACAGCCAUUUUCAAAAAUACAGCCUUCUCACUCUGCGCCAGUCAAGUGCUGUAGGUGGGGCCAAGCUGGGAGCCCAGAAUGCAGGUGCCACCUUACCCCUGGACUACUCCACUAGUGCCACCGUGUUCUUCAGCCACUCGUUCACUGAGCAGUGAUCAACAAUACUGAAGACCAAUCAAGCUGGAAACUCUGCUUCCUGUUGUUGAUUAUAAUUGUACUGAACUUCAGAUAUGUAUUUCAAGAGAUCUAUAUACCUCUGUAUAAUGUCAUCCAGUUUACAGCGGCUUUUCAGCCACAAUAUAGUCACUGAUCAAUUGAACAGAGAAAGUGACGUUACUGGGAGCGAGAGUUUAUUGUACUUUUUGUUGCAAUUAGGGUCUUGAAAUAUAAUUACUUUUUUUUUUUUAUUCCGCUUAAUGUUCUUAAAUGUAUCUCUGCACUAAUUGUUCAGUAAUGUAAAAUAGUACAAAGGGUGUUCAAGUUAAACUGGGAUUUUUGAUUGCACAGAACACCGUUAGGAGAGUAGAAACUCCCUUUAUUUCUCUAUAUAAUCCCCUGCUAUACUAAUGCACUUGCCAGCUUCAUGAAUGAUUGUGUACAUUUCCCACAGACAGAUGUGUCUCUUCCAAGGACUGCAGUAGUCUCCGAGUCACAUCGACCAGGUUUAUCAUUCAUAGACUCAAGGCCUUCUCUAAAACGUUUUCACCUGUCAAACAUCAGCCACAUCAGCGUACUGUCUUCUGUAAAUGUCAAGCAGUUUUACACCUUCAUUCACAAGAAACUAAGUCCCAGUUUAACUUGAAUGCCCUUCAUAAUUUUUCACAUUUUA